AUGAAAACAGAAGCAGCACAUACUGGAUCGGAUGGAUACAAGGUUAUUUGCAAGCAUCGAUGGAAUGGUAUUGGGAAUACCUCAAGGUACAGUGCAUCAUUGUGGGAUUGGUUGGAUUCAAGUGAACUUACCAAACUCCAUACAGUGGCAGAUCCUCUUUCGGCGAUGCUAUUAUUAUCAAGGCUGCACGUCAAGGACGUCAUUGUACUAUACUUUCCUGUGGAGCUCUACAUGUUGUGCCCGGGGACAGUGCGACUCAUGUUGCGGCCUUAG